GGAGCUCCGAUUCAAACGGCGUUUCGUCGAACCCUUAGGACCCAAAACUCCUACCGUUUCUUAUGGUAUCCAAAAACCCGAACCCGGCUGAGGGCUUCUACUUGGAGCCGACCGGAAUGGCUCUACCAGGACUCGUACCCUUCGCCACGACCACUACUACUACGACGACUACAGCGACAACGGCGUCGACCACCUCUUCGUCGGAGGAUCCGAGUAAGAAGAUCCGAAAACCCUACACUAUAACCAAGUCCAGGGAGAGCUGGACCGAGCCGGAGCACGACAAGUUUCUCGAAGCCCUCCAACUCUUUGACCGCGACUGGAAAAAGAUUGAAGCAUUUGUUGGGUCUAAGUCAGUUAUACAGAUACGUAGUCAUGCACAAAAGUACUUUAUGAAGGUUCAGAAGAGCGGGACAAGUGAACAUUUACCCCCACCCCGGCCAAAAAGGAAAGCUGCUCAUCCAUAUCCUCAGAAGGCUUCAAAAAAUGCUCCAGUGCUCUUACAAAUGUCGGGAUCUUUUCAAACCUCAUCUGCUCUGCUUGAAUCUGGAUAUGUGUUAAGGCCUGAUUCUUCAUCAAUGCUUGGGGGUCCUGUAACUAGUGCUGCCAUGCCGUCCUGGACAAACAACAAUAUGCAGAAUCCUAAUAUAUCUCAUGGGACAAAAGGGCCAACAGCGGCAAAUAACUGUUGUAGUAGCACUGAAAGCACUCCAAGAACACGGCCUAUUGCUGAAACAACUGAUAAAGGAAAUCAUAGCCUUUCAUUGAGAGUUCUGCCUGACUUUUCGCAAGUAUACAGCUUCAUUGGCAGUGUCUUUGAUCCGAACGCUAGUGGUCAUCUGCUGAGGCUAAAAAAGAUGGACCCUAUAGAUGUUGAAACGGUGCUACUGUUAAUGAGAAACCUGUCAAUCAAUCUGGCCAGCCCUGAUUUCGAGGACCAUAGGAAGUUGCUGUCAUCGUACGAGAUCGGAUCAGACAACUAAUUAUGGUGAUGCAGACAAAACCUUGUAUAGUGAGCAGUCCAAAACUGUUGCUUAGGUUGGGCAGAAGAGUUUUGUUAUGGCGCUGUUGGCUUGUGCACAACCAAUCGUGACGUUGCCGGAGGAAAGUAAGAAGACAUUGGUCUUGUUUGGCAAAAACAUGUACAGAACAGAGUAGUGGAUUGUUAGUUUUGGAAUUAGUAAAAAGUGAUGUGAUAUAAAAUAAAAAGAAUUUGUAUAAAAAAGUGAAAAAGUUUUGUAUUGUAGUGAAUUUUUUUAUUUGAAUAGUAAUAAAACAUUAUUGAUGUGAUGUAGAAAGUGAAAAAAGUGAUAAUGUUUUGAUGUUGAUUGGUAGUGAAAAAUAUAAAAAUGUGAAAAAAAAGAAAAAAAAAAAAGAAGAAAAAAGUACGUAAGCAGUAAUAGCAUUACUCUGUUCUGUUCUGUAGCUUAACAAACAAGGCCAUUGCGACAGCUUCAAGUCCUCGGUGUUGAUAACCUGCUGCACUGGUUUGUGACUAGUAUUGCAAUGUAUUUUUUUGGUUGCCAUUUUGGUGUCUUGUAUAUAUGUUAAAAAGGAAAAAUAAAAAAGAAUACAUAGCGUGGGAAUGUAUAGUUGUUGAAGUUGUUUUCUUAAGGCUGAUCCUGUUUGGUGUAGGGUCUUCUUGUUGUCAAGUUUUGGUUUUGAUUAAUCUACUGAUAAGGCGCAAUACCUUGUUUUCUAGGGUAUGCCAGUGUAAUCAA